AUGACCAAGCAGACACAACCGCUUCGGGCCUCGGAACAAGAACUCGACUCCCAUACGCCAUCCACAACGGACCCGAUGGAUAUAAAAGCCAGGACAGACUCCUUAAAAAAGCCUACCCACUAUAACCGUUGUCGUCGUACCGUUAUAACAAGCCAAGGAUACUGUCUGGAUUAG